CGGUGACCGGUCAGAGGGUAGAUCGACCAUGUGCACGGAACAGCCGGCGGCCAGGCUAGGGCACCGGGCUACAUUCCAGCUGGGCCAGCGACUUGGCCUUGGCCACAACGGCAUUGGAGGCGGUCUGUGAGCAGACUAGCCACUCAGAGCUGGCCGCCACUGUACGUUGGUAACCCGCCUUAUGAUGUCUCUAUUGGAGCUGCAGCACUGCGAGCACAAUGUCUGGUUCUGCCAUUAACUGAUACUUCGUCUUCCUCCUUAAUGUUUUGGAAGUCUAGAAGGGAAGACAUGUAGAGUGUUGUAUUAUGUCUGAUGGAGCCUCAUUUCGGUUUACCGUUCCAGUUUCCCAGUGCCUUUGCCACCGUCCACACUCCUAUUCCAGUUGAUCAGAGAACUCACGAAGGUCGCUAUGUUUGGGAACCAAGACUUCACGCAUUUACUCAUCCUUCUCCUAGUUUCUCAGGUAAUGUCACUAGUCCCACUCUAUCCGAACUGUCGUUUCUUCCCCAGCGGAGAGGUCUGGCUAAUAACCAGGUCGAAUCACCGAUGCAUCCUCACUACAGACUUAGUCCGUAUGCGGACCAACUGUACAGUACAUUCCCCACUGCAUCGCCAGUGUCCGUUCGUGGGCUGAGUCCUAUGGAUACAAGAGGAUUACCUCUUCAUCCGGAUUAUUUGCAACAAAUGGCGGCACUUAGCCAACGAUGUUUGAUAGGGGAGUUUCACAGUCACCAAACAAAUAACAGUGCAGGUGCAGACAUAUCAUUUUCUGUGGAUGUUCAGGGUUCCAGAUUGGCAAACUCCAGACAAGCCAUAAGGCAUGGAAGAAAAAGAGCGCUUUCUAGUUCUCCGUAUUCCGAUUCUUUCGAUAUUAACUCUAUGAUAAGAUUCUCUCCCAAUUCUCUGGUUUCUUUUAUGAAUGGUUCUCGAAGUUCCAGUACAAGUGGCUCGUACGGCCAUCUAUCAGCAGGAACAAUUAGCCCUGCUCUGGGUAUGCCACCACCUUCCGUUCCUCCUCAUCUUCAACAUCUUCAUCAUUUAAUACAUCAGAGUGGCAUAGGAUCGCCAUUAUUGUUACCUCCUUCUACGAGUCUUGCUCAACAAUCCAUUAUAUCUGGUCCUGUUCCUAUUGGUGUAAAUACAAAUGUCACAAAAGCAGAUGGGACAACAGAUGCUUCAAAUGGAUGUGAAACUGCCAGCAAUGUCGUUAGUAGUACUGUAGAUACAGAAGAAGCUAGGAUGAAAGUUAAAAAGGAAGUUGCAAGUAGUACGGUCGGUGAUGUCGGUAUGGGUGACGACGAUCGAGAAACGACGGCAGAUCUUAAAGAUGAACCCGGCGACUUCAUUGAAACCAAUUGCCACUGGAAAGGUUGCAAUAGAGAAUUUAAUACUCAGGAAGAACUUGUUAAACAUAUUAGCAAUGAUCACAUACAUGGAAACAAGAAAUCUUUUGUUUGCAAAUGGAGAGAUUGUUCAAGGGAUGAAAAGCCAUUUAAAGCUCAAUACAUGUUGGUCGUCCACAUGAGGAGGCACACUGGCGAAAAACCGCAUAAAUGCACGUUUGAAGGUUGUGCCAAAGCCUAUUCUAGAUUAGAAAAUCUAAAGACACAUCUAAGAUCUCAUACUGGAGAAAAACCUUACAUGUGUGAAUUUCCUGGCUGCACCAAAGCUUUCAGUAAUGCUUCUGAUAGAGCCAAGCAUCAAAAUAGGACUCAUUCUAAUGAGAAACCUUAUGUUUGUAAAGCACCUGGAUGUACGAAAAGAUACACGGAUCCUAGUUCUUUGCGCAAACAUGUAAAAACAGUACACGGGCCAGAAUUUUAUGCUAAUAAAAAGCAUAAAGGUGGUGAUGGAGACUCAGGAAGCAACGAUGGUCCUAGAGAAGAGAAAAACUCAGAAAAUCCUUCAAGUCCUCAUUCUGAAGAAGGAAUUGGAAGUGGAAAUCCUGCAAGUCUUUCCAGCCCAAGUGUUAAAUCAGAGGAACAAGAAGGUAGUAGUCCUGGUGAUGCAACAGAUCCAGCACCUAUUAGUGAUAAUAGUGUAUCAACAACAAGUGGACCUCUGGAAGGAAUAGAAGCAGAUGUCGGUUGGGAUAUUAUGGAAAAUCAAGAAAUAGAUAUUGAAGAACCUGUUGUGACAGUAUCAACAGCAGUUACUUCUUCUGGCAAUAAUGUUGAAAUAACAAGAAAUACCUGUAACAGAAUUAAAACAAGGAUACAAUCACAAUUAAAAUCUGCAACUUCUUGGUUACCAAAUCUUCUAAAUUCUAGGAAAGUGAAACAAUGGAACAGUCACACUACGACAAAUCAUCAAACAUGUCCAUCGAAGCUUCCUGAAAUUAUUAGUAGUAAAAAUUCUAAAAAUAAUAUAACCAUACUUCCAAAUUCAGAUUUAACCAGAUUAUCUGGAUGUGUAACACAUCGUAAAAAUAUUCGUCAGGACAGCAGUAACAGUUCUGUUAGUUCUUUCUACAGCAGUCUGCAUUCUGAUAUUAGUGCACAGCCAGUAAGCAGUCAGAUAUCUAGCAGACGUGGAAGUGAAAUAUCUCGGAGUGUCGGAGGAUUUCAUUCUCCAUAUGAUCCAAUAUCAUUAGGAAGCUCGCGUCGCUCUAGUGAAGUUGGAAGCAGCACAGGGAUUCCUGCUGGAGUUGCUGCUCAUCUUCAGAGAAUUCAUUCACGUGCAUUAGCUUCUCAACAUUUAAAUUCAACUCAAAAUUUAGUUGUUCAAACUCAAAAUUAUAAUACUCAGGGAGAAAAUAAUUGGACAGAAGGCCAAACAAGCCUUUCUGAGCACAAUUCAAUACCUCAGUGUUCUCCCUAUAAGGAUGCACGUCGUUCAAGUGAUCCUUUAAGACCUCUAGAUGUAAAUGCAGGAGAUAAGUUACAGAGAUUUAAUAGCUUUAGUAAACUCUCACCUCUUCCUCCAAUAUCUCGAUCUUCAAUGUCAAAACAUAGUGUACAGGAUGGAAGAACUAAUCAUCCUAAUGAAAAUGUUGUCUUAGAAGAUCGCCCAAUAGAAGAGAACAAAGAUCUAGUGCUUCCCGAUGAUAUGGUUCAUUAUCUUAACCAAGUUGCUGAAAAAUCUCAGCAAGAACCAGAUCGUCCACAUUCUCAUUUCAGUCAUGCUGUAUCUAGUGUUAGUCAGUAUGAGGAAAUGCAACAUCAAUCAAAUAAUAGACUACCUUAUUUUCCAGACAAUGACCAUAGUUACUGUAAUAACCAAACUACAACGUAUAGUCCAAAUUGUAUAACUAAUCGCAAUACUCAGCAAACAUAUGCAAUGAAUGCAAAUAAUACAAAUAGAUCUCAAUCAAAUAAUCACAUACACAAUGGUAAUUAUUCAGACCAUGCAUAUCAUUCCAAUAAUGUACCAUAUAAUCAACCUCAUCCUGUAGUGAAUAACUACAGGUUGCAGUCAGACUGUGUUUCUCAUCCAUCUCAUUAUUAUGCUCAAACUAGUCAGCAGACACCAGUUCCACGAGAAUCAUAUUAUUCUCAGUUACAAAAUCCAGGUAAGAUGUGGAAUAUGCAGAAUGGACAUGAAGAAACACCUCACCAAAUAUAUAUAAACGAUCCAAGUGAAAAUGGGUCUCAACCAGAAAGACGUUUUCAACCUCAACAUUAUUAUCACACAAAUGCACAAAGCAUGCCAUUUCCAGGACAGAAUUCACCAUAUUCUAAUACCAAUGGUCAUAAUAUGCAGUAUUGUUCUCCACAAGGUCAAAAUAAGCCACAGUGGAUGAUGCCAAGACAAGAAGGAAGUGAAUCAGGUAAAUUUAAUAAACAAUCAACUACAACACAAUGUAGACAUCAAGAAAGUCCCUUUCAAGCUUCAUCUCCACCCUCUGCAAAACAUUUUCAGCAUCCUCCUCCUGUUAUACCUGUUCCACAAAUUCAAAGACCACCAUUACCACAAAAUCAGUCUUUCAAUCACUUUUGUUACACAGGCACAGAUCAAAGGCAAAUUUCUAAACAAAACUCUCAAUGUUUUCCACAAGGUAACAUAUGUAAUCAUCAUGGAAGUGAGCAAACUGUAAAGCAUCCAAUUCCUCAUCCACUUCCUAAUUCAACUUGUAAUAAUUGUAACAAAAAAGAAACACUUGCACCUCCACCUCCUCCACCACCACCUCCUCCUCCUCCUCCUCCUCCUCCUCCUUCUUUGCCUCCACCUCAACCAGUUAUGACACAGUUUCCAGCACCUGUGAAUAAUCAACAGUGCCAAAAUUGCAAAAGUUGCAAUGCCGAACUUUCUUCAAUGACUCAGUUACGCCAACAUCCUUCUCCAAACUCUCCUUGUCAUAAUUGUUCCAAUCAAAAGCCAGAAAUACAGUGUCAAAAUAUCAGCCAAUCUUCAUUAGUAAGCAUGCCACCAGAAGCUUAUCAACGUACGCUAGAGUACGUUCAACAGUGCCAACAACUGCUAGCGGAUAAAACACCGCCAUCUGUUCAAGGAAAUAAUUUCACUAAUCAGUCUAAGUUUCCAGUUUCUAAUCAUCAAAUGGAGUUGUCACCCGGAUGUAAUAAAGUUAGCAGCAGCACAGAUAAAAAGGAUAAAGAGCAGAUAAAACCGACACAGUCAAAUUCUGCAACUGCCAGUAGGACUAACGAAAACACUGUUUCACCCCUUCUAACAACCACAAAUAUGGUUAUUAAUGACAUGAAUACCUCACUGACUUCGCUAAUGGAAGAAACAAGAUAUCUGCAUCUAAUGCAAUAACAUUUACUCUGCGCACUCAUUCAAUGUAAAUAUUUUGUAUAAUAAUUGUAUUUUUAUUAGCUUUGUUUAUAUGUAGCAUUUUUUUUGUGGUUUUUAAAACAUAAGUGCAAUUUCGUUCAUAGUAUAAAUAGGGCUUAAAAGACUGGGAUAUUAAUUAAAUUUGCCAAUGAACGAUACUUAUUGCUCAUGUUAAUUAAACAUUUAUUACUUAUUUUCUUUAUCCUGUUUAUAUAUUAAUUAUCAUGCGAACAAUGAAUGUGUGUAUAGUUUUACAUAGACUCAAAGCUAUAGAUUUUAGCAAAUUUGUCGGCGUCAAUCAAGAGCGCAGCAUUUCUGCACAAAUUACUCUGUAAUCCUGUUACAAACAGGCUGUUGUUUACAGAUUUAUUGUAUCCAUGCCAUGUAUGGAACAUGUUAAAAAUUUGUAGUCAAAUUUAGUGCCUUAAAUUGUGAUGUUUUAUUAUGUCAUACAGACAUUAUAUGAAGGCCAAAUUUUUAUUCGAACCCAGCCAUGUUUUUUAAUGCAAUAUGUUUACACCAUGAUAUAUUAUAUAUUAAAAUUUGUGAUCACCAAAAAAUAAAAUCUGAUAUUACUUUCAUAAUUUAUUCUUAUAUCUAUUACCUAAUGAGUUUUUACUUUGCAUAAAGUACAGGGUACUGUACAUUC